AAGGGCAACCAGUGAAGAACAAACACCAUUAUGGAGACCAGACCCAAAUAUUACGGCAGAGAGUUCCAUGGCAUGCUAUCGAGAGAGAGUGCAGAUGAGCUACUGGGAGGAGCAGACGGGGCUUACCUCGUCAGAGAGAGCCAGAGACAGCCAGGGACACACACCUUGGCCUUAAGGUUUGGGCACCAGACCCUGAACUACAGACUGUUCUAUGACGGGAAGCACUUUGUGGGGGAGAAGCGCUUUGAGACGGUCCAUGACCUGGUGACGGAUGGCCUCAUCACCCUGUACAUCGAGACCAAGGCAGCAGAGUACAUUGCCAAGAUGACCACCAACCCCAUCUAUGAACACCUGGGCUACACAUCCCUGCUGAAGGACAAGAUGGGGCACCGGCUGAGCCGGGGACGCACUGAACCCCGUAGGGUCACCUUCCAGAGAGAGGACAGUAAGAUCACCACUUCUCCUCUGGUACGGCACAGCACCCUGAAAGACUGCCCCUCCGAGAAGCAGAGCUCCUAUGACAAGAUCCACAACUUCAAGGUUCAUACUUUCCGAGGGCCUCACUGGUGCGAGUAUUGUGCCAACUUCAUGUGGGGCCUCAUAGCCCAAGGGGUCCACUGCUCAG